GCAUUCGGAUCUGAUCGUAAAUGUGGACCAAAAAACCGUACAUGGAUCAGGAUUGACCAGGUUUGCUGCAUGUAUAUUGGGGAAGAACAAAGUGACCAUAUGAGUCACUCGUUUUACUCCCAGCAGUGUACCACCCCGCAGGUGGCCUGCACUGAAUUUUCUUAACAAGGAAAAUUUUAUACCCAUUAAAAUUGAAUAAUCCCUGCUCUCGUCUCCGGGGUUAGCUGGUCUUGGCCAAGCAGCCAUCGUCACAGCCACCAUGGCUGACGACGAGAACGCGGCGCCCGAGGGCGAGAUCGACGAGUCGCUCUACUCUCGUCAGAUCUUCGUCCUGGGCAAGGAAGCCAUGAUGCGAAUGGCAGUUGCCAACGUCUGCAUAUCCGGAAUGGGAGGACUCGGUGUCGAGAUUGCCAAAAACGUGUGUCUGGCUGGCGUGAAGACCGUCACGCUGCACGACGAGAAGCCCGUGACCUGGUAUGACCUCAACUCUCAGUUCUACGUCAAGGAGAACCAAGUGGGCAAGAACCGAGCCGAGAGUUGCCUGGGACUCGUGUCUGAACUCAACACCUACGUGCCCACAACUGCGUCCACUGCACCUAUUGACGAGGCCUUUGUCAAGAAAUUCCGGGUCAUGUGUCUGUCUGACAACUCGUUCGAAGAACAAGUGCGAGUCGGGAAAAUGUGCAGGGACAACAAGAUCAUUUUCAUUGUGGCUGAGACCAAGGGUGCCUUUGGCAAGGUUUUCUUCGACGGUGGCGAGGAUUUCGAGUGUGUGGACCAGAAUGGAGAAGCUCCUCUGAUUGCUCCGGUUAUCAACAUCUCGAAGGCUGAAGACGGCAUGGUCACGUGUCCAGAUGACAAUCGACACGGAUUCGAGACUGGAGAUCAUGUGGCUUUCACUGAAAUCAAGGGUAUGACUGAGCUUAAUGACCGCGAUCCCAUUCCCAUCAAGGUCACGGGUCCAUUCACAUUCACCAUUGGUAACACGAUGGGUUUCAGCGAAUAUGAAGGACCAGGAGGAACUGUCUCUCAGCUGCAUUUGGCAUUUCAAUCCAUCCACAAGUUUGAGGCUGACAAGGGCCAGUUGCCCAGGCCAUACAAUCGAGCUGAUGCUGAGGAAUUCCUUGGCAUGGUCAAUGAUUUGAAUGAUGCCCAAUCUGGUGGAGCCAAGGGUGAAAUCGAUCCUGGCCUGAUAAAAACGUUUGCCUACACUUCUCGAGGUUGUCUGGCUCCCAUCUGCUCUCUACUUGGCAGUUUUGUUGGCCAAGAGGUCAUGAAGGCCUGUUCUGGAAAGUUUAACCCUCUGAAUCAGUUCUUGUACUUCGAUGCCACUGAGUGUUUGCCUGACGAUGUGGAGACGAUCUCUGAAGACUCAGCUGCUGCA